AUGGCCACCUUCCCCGGAGCAGCCAGCUCGGCCCCACAGCCCCCGGGCCCACAGGACGAAGACCCCAGCCUGGACGAGUCAGACCUGUACAGCCUGGAGUAUUCUCAGCUGGGAGUGGGAGGCCGGAAAGGUCGCACCAAGAGAGAAGCCGCUGCCCACACCAACCGCCCCAGCCCUGGUGGGCACGAGAGGAAGCUGGUGACCAAGCUGCAGAACACGGAGCGGAACAAGCGAGGAGCGCAGUCCUGA